AUGUCUCAUUCCGGGGCUCAAGGCAGCAUUGGCAGCCAUCCAGGCAUGGGUAUGCGUAACUAUAAAAUCUACUUCUAUGAGUUCGAGAACUUCCAGGGUCGCAGGAUGGACAUUCACGGGGAGUGCAAAAACCUGUGUGAGAAGGGAAUGGACCGUGUGGGAUCCAUCAGGGUGGAAUGUGGCCCCUGGGUUGGGUAUGAACAGCAGAACAUGAACGGUGAGAUGUUCAUUCUGGAGAAGGGAGAAUACCCGCGCUGGGACACCUGGUCCAACAGCCACAGGUGUGACCGCUUCAUGUCCGUCAGGCCGAUGCGUAUGGAUCCCCAAGACCACAAAAUCUGCCUGUUUGAGUGUCCAAACUUUGAGGGCCGUAAGAUGGAAGUGUGUGACGAGGACAUCCCAAGUCUGUGGUCAUAUGGUUUCCAGGACAGAGUGGCCAGCAUUCAAGUCACAGGCGGAACCUGGGUGGGAUACCAGUACCCAGGAUACCGUGGGUACCAGUAUGUGUUCGAGAUGGGACCAUACAAGCACUGGAAUGAGUGGGGAGCUCACCAUCCUCAGAUCCAGUCCAUCCGCAGGCCGGACCGCGUUAGCCCAAACCAAGCCAAAGCCUCCGCACGUCCACUGGCUCUUGCGCUUCGGGACGCAGAGCAAAGGGUUGGCAGCACUUUUUACAGCUUCACACAGGUGCAAGAGCCCUCCUCACUGGACAUGAAAGUGCAGCAAGGCUGUAACUCGACAGAUAUGGGGAUCCCUGUAAGAACCGAGGAGGAGCUGCGCAGAAACGCUGUCAUAACACCGGAAGAUGUGCUGGGCUUGCAAAAGAUCACUAAGAAUUACCUCUGCUCCCCUGAAGAAAAUGUACACAUGAUUGACUUCACCAGGUUUAAGAUCCGGGACAUGGAGACUGGGACUGUCCUGUUUGAGAUUACCAAACCCCCAACACCAGCAGGGGGAAGGAAGCAGAGUGACCCGAACGCAGGCCGAUUUGUGCGCUACCAGUUUACCCCGGCCUUUUUACAGCUGCGGCAAGUCGGAGCAACAGUGGAAUUCACAGUUGGAGACGCACCCAUUAACAACUUCCGUAUGAUUGAAAGGCACUAUUUCCGCGAUCAGCUGCUCAAGAGCUUUGACUUUGAGUUUGGCUUCUGCAUGCCCAGCAGCAAAAACACAUGCGAGCACAUUUACGAGUUUCCAGCACUUUCAGAGGAUAUUAUGCGUGAGAUGAUCCUGCACCCGUACGAGACGCAGUCCGACAGCUUCUACUUCGUGGACAACAAGCUGGUGAUGCACAACAAGGCAGAUUACUCCUACAGCGGGGGCCCGUAG